GCUGUGGAAGAGUUACUUAAAGAGGCAAAACGUGGGAGAACCAGAGCUGAAACAAUGGGAGCCAUGGGUUGGUUGAAAUGUCCUCUUGCUGGUACAAAUAAAAGAUUUCUUAUUAAUACCAUCAAAAAUACAUUACCAUCUCAAAAAGAACAAGACCAAGAACGAGAGCAAAAGGAAGAUAGUAAGGAGCCUGAGCCAAACAAAAGCAGGAAAGAAGAAAAACCAAAGAAACGCAGAAUUCAUCCAUACACACCCAGCUUUCAGUCCAGAAGGAGAGUCAGCUACUCUCCUCCAAGGCACCGGAACAGGAACCAGCACACAAAGGAUAAGCAUGAAAAGCGAUCAAGCAAACGAUGAGGAGAGAAGAGUGGCAAAUAUGUGUUGUUACAAGCCAGGAGUGUCAUUAGGCGUUGGACUGCAGGGAAGUCUCAGUUUUUCAGGAAAGGAUGCUGUUCAAAAUUGAAUUUUGAACCAAGUUGCUUGUGUGAGAAGUAACCUUGAGGUAGCUUUAGAAAACCUUUCUUUGGGACCUUUAGGAGAAAAGCAAAGUGCAGUGUAAAUCUUUCCAUUGUUUUAGAACAGACAUUCCUUUCCCGUUGCUCCAUUCCUCUCUCCCUUUCUGACUAAGCUUAGGGUCUUGGUGAUGGAGUGUGAUACGCGUGUCACUGUCUGAUACAACUCCUUUAGUCAUGUCACUCUUUUGGAAAUAAAUAUAAAUUAAGCAGAAAUCUAUUUAUUGUGUAAAGUUGGUGGAACUUCUUUGCUGCUGACCAAUAAAGAAGUUUUGCGUGUCUAGGCUAGUUUAGUUUUACUGAAUGUAGAAGAAGUUAAAGCUGGUCAGUGCCUGGCCAAGCACAUCCAUUUUGUAUAGAAUAUGAG